GCUCCAGCGACCCAGUGUGAGGAGCGCAGGGAUCGCUACUACUACCCUUGUGCGUGCGUGUGUGUGUGCACUUGUAAUUAUUGUGUCGAUAUAUUCAGGAUAAUAUCUGUCAGAUAAUCAACGUAUUCUUAUAACAUCCUGUGGGCAGGAUGUGUACACAGCAAUGAUCCUGUGGCUCCUGGUCCUUGGUCUCUGGCUCCAUCUGGACACCGCAGCCAAGUCCGACAAGGACGUGCAGGAGGUGACGUCUAACCAGCUACACGUAGUCUGGCAACAGACGACAGUCUCGCUCCACUAUGACGUCACAGAGUUACCUGUGGAUGACGCUUCUACCUCUCUGACACCGUACUUCGAUGACUCCGCCAGUGUUGUCAACGUCACGGUUCAAUUCGGCGCCACGGCCGUUCUCCAUUGCAGAGUCAGCGAACUCACCGACAAAACUACGGUAUCCUGGCUGAGACGCCAGGAAGGACAGUUGCGCCUGGUGUCGGUCGGACUGGACAUAUACUCCGGAGACUCCAGGUUCACCGUAGCUCUUGUGGAGCCGAACGACUGGACCUUGACUCUCUCCUCCGCCCAGAACACUGACGAGGGCCUGUACGAGUGUCAGGUAUCCUCUCACCCCCCACUCGUCCACACGCUCUACCUCCAGGUGGUCGUUCCAGAACUGCAGAUAUGGGAUGAGAGAGGAAUACCGAUCAGGAACAAGUUCUACAACGCCGGCAGCACUAUAGAGCUCAAGUGUUCUAUAUCCAAGGUUCCCAAGCCACACCACUUCAUACUGUGGAAACACGGCACCAAUAUACUCAACUAUGAUGUGACUCGUGGCGGUAUCAGCGUGAAGACUGACAUGCUGGCAGAUGGACUCAAGAGUAGGCUGUACAUCGCCAAUGUUGGAGCCCUAGAUUCUGGCAACUACACGUGUUCACUGCAGGAUGUUGCGGAAACCAGCGUCUCAGUACACGUUUUAAACGGAGAGACCCCUGCGGCUAUGCAGCACGGAGGGUCCAGUUGCCACUUUCCUCACACACUUCGACUUCUUCUGCUACUCACCUUCUCGUUAAUGCUCAACUCGAGAUGACAAUUCACUUCACCUUUCAGUUAACUUGUAAAACACUCAUCGAGUCUUUCAUUUCUCAAACAUGUUUAUAAAUUGUGAAGUAAUCGAUUUUUAUUUCAAGAUUACUAUGAUUAUGUGUUAUACUAAGUGUUUAUUAUUCAUUAAACAUUUUUCAUAAAACGAUUAGAUUACAAUAAAAUGUUAUAGUUUUUCAA